AUGGUUCAAGAAGGAAAUCCAGAAGCAAGACCGGAAGAGUAUAUGGAGCUGGAUUAUGAGGGUAGCGAGUCGGACGAGGAGUCAGAGGAAGGAGAAGACGUUAAGAAGACCCCGUAUGAGCUCUACCCUUCGGAGAUCACAUCAGACCAGCACACAGUACAGAGGAGCACUACUCGCCCAAUACGCUCUCUAACGGAGGAAGUAGCCAACGAAAAGCAACGAAUCUUUGCGACUGAAGCUAGGGCAAUUCGAGUAGAGAAAAAGGAGGAUGAGAUCACUCGUGAGAUGAGUGAAUUAACUGAGCUUCUAGUGCGUCAAUUCGGCAUCUGA